CAAUUCCAAGUCCUAAUUUGAAGCCCUUUCCGUCCCAGCACCACAAAUGUCGUAGCUGGGGGAACGUGGCCAAAGUUUCAUUCACGGUGCGUGACUUGCCCAGCAAGAGGCAAAGAGAAAGCAAACUACUACUUCUCUUCCUCCUUCAUCUUCAAAUUCCUCCUCUUAAACAUUCAAUUAAUUUUUGUGAUUUAAUUUUGAGAGUAAAUAUGUAUUUGAGAUUCGCUUUAAGAAAUUUAAGUUCCAAGACUAGAAUCCUUUCAACUUCAUCAUCAUGUUUUAGUAAAACCUUACCGGAGAUCCAUCGACAACAGCCUUCUCUUCUUCUUCUUCCCAAGGUUUUUGGUGGGGUUGAUACUUCUUAUGGGAAUUCCCACUCGUUCCACAGCUUCAGGUUUCAAGUUCAGCAAGGUGGGAGUUCUUUGGUCGAGGAGCCAAUGGAUCCAUUUUCUCUUGUUGCAGAUGAACUCUCUCUUAUCGGUAAUCGGCUACGUGAGAUGGUGGUUGCUGAGGUCCCUAAGCUUGCGUCAGCUGCUGAAUAUUUCUUUAAGAUGGGGGUAGAGGGAAAGAGGUUUCGUCCCACGGUUCUAUUGUUGAUGGCAUCAGCGUUGAAUGUGUCACUACCUGGAUCUGUUCCUGAUGCCGUGGCUAAUUUUUCCAAUGAACUCCGUACAAGGCAGCAGUGUAUUGCUGAGAUUACCGAGAUGAUUCAUGUUGCAAGUCUUCUUCAUGAUGAUGUCUUGGAUGAUGCUGAUACAAGGCGUGGUGUUCGUUCCCUUAAUUUCUUAAUGGGGAAUAAGCUGUCUGUGCUAGCAGGAGAUUUUCUGCUUUCUCGAGCUUGUGUGGCACUUGCUUCUCUUAAAAAUACAGAGGUUGUCACAUUACUUGCAACGGUUGUUGAACAUCUUGUAACAGGUGAAACAAUGCAAAUGGCCAGUACAUCAGAACAGCGCUGCAGCAUGGAUCAGUAUAUGCAAAAGACAUAUUAUAAGACAGCAUCAUUGAUUGCGAAUAGUUGCAAAGCGAUCGCUCUUCUGGCAGGCCAGGCAACUGAUGUUGCAAUGCUAGCCUACAAUUACGGCCGCAAUCUGGGCUUGGCGUAUCAAUUGAUCGACGAUGUUCUCGAUUUCACAGGGACGUCAGCUUCCCUCGGAAAGGGUUCGCUUUCUGACAUCCGCCAUGGGAUUAUAACAGCCCCUAUAUUGUUUGCUAUCGAAGAAUUCCCACAAUUACAAGAAGUUAUCAAUCGAGGCCUCAGCGACCCUGCAGAUGUUGAUCUUGCCCUUGAAUACCUUGGUAAGAGUCGCGGCAUACAAAGAGCAAAAGAACUAGCAACUGAACACGCUAACCUCGCAGCCUCAGCCAUCAACUCUCUUCCUCAAAGUGAUGAUGAUAAUGUCAGAAGAUCGAGACGGGCUCUGGUGGACCUCACUCAUAUAGUCAUCACAAGAAAAAAGUAGAGAAACAAAAUACUCUUCCCAUUCAAAGCACAUUAAAGGAAAGCAUGUAAAGCAUAAUUCUUAUCCAUUUCUGGUAAGGCCUUUUUGUAUCCCUCCUUAUAUUCUUUUAAUUAGUUCUUAGUUUUACUUCUUUACACGUCAGGAAUAAUUAUGUGAAAACUUAGCUUUUCAUGUACAGCCAAAUUUUGCUCUUCAUCCAAUGAUUUGGCUCCCUAAUUGAUGUUGGUAUUCUUUAUCGUGUUCUCCUUUAGUUGAUUUCGUGUCUUUUGAUUUUAUGUAAGUGAUGCGCUCAACCUUGUUCGUUUUUCCCGAUGGACAUUUGUAAAAGAAUAAAUUUAAAAGAAAAGGUUGUUAUUUCUUUAAAA